AUGGAUGGACAGCAGAGGUUACCGCCUGGCGUGACGUCCUUGGCCGGUCGUGAGCUUCCAUCCGAUCUGGUGCAGCAGGUAUCAAAUGUCACCAUGGGCCAGCUUUUCUACAUCUUGAGUCACAUUCAAAAGCUGAGUGCCCAGGCCCCUGUGACGGCACAGCGAAUUCUUGCAGAAAAUCCGCAAAUCUGCAACGCAUUGAUCCAUGCUGAGUGUUUGGCCGGGAUGUUGGAUGAGCCGGGUUUGCCUUUGAGCGCCGAAGAGCUACAGCGAGCCAAAGCCAAAGCCAGACAGCUCCAGGAUGAGAUGUCGCAACAUGAGCUCCCGCCGCCUCCUCCGCCUCCUAGUGAAGAUUUUGGGCCCGGCCUUGCAGUCAAUGCUGACCAGAAGGCACUGUUGAUGCAGAAGCUCAUGCAACUCACUCCAGAUCAGAUCGGCCGAUUGCCUCAAAGCACGAAGGUUCAGCUGCUGAGCUUUCUGAAGCAGAAUAAGAGGACGUAG